GUGACUAACCACAUAACAAACUCUUUGUGUUACAAGAAAGAAUGAAACUAUCUCCACCACAACCACCAGCACUUAAUAACAACGACCCAACAGCCGCUGCUUCUGCCGUUAAAUCUUGCGGCGGAGGCGGUGGAGAAACCUUCUCGACGACGAGGCAUCCAGUGUACCACGGAGUUCGCAAACGCCGAUGGGGAAAGUGGGUUUCCGAGAUUAGAGAGCCCCGGAAAAAAUCUAGGAUUUGGCUCGGAUCUUUUCCGGUGCCGGAGAUGGCAGCUAAAGCCUACGACGUGGCCGCGCUUUGUCUGAAAGGAAGAAAAGCUCAGCUUAAUUUCCCCGACGAAAUCGACGAUCUUCCUCGACCUUCGACAUGUACUGCCAGGGAUAUCCAAGUCGCCGCGGCCAAAGCUGCCAACGCCGUCAAGAUCACUAAAACGGGAGAUGACGUGGCAGAUAUCGACGACGGAGAUGAUUUCUGGUCAGGCAUAGAGCUGCCCGAGCUUAUUAUGACCGGAGGUGGGUGGUCACCGGAGCUUUUCGUUUCCGGAGAAGAUGCCACGUGGGUGGUCGACGGUGACUCGUAUCAGUAUCAGUUCAUGGCGUGUCUGUGAGUGUAGUUGUCUUGUCGACUGUGUCGUAUUCGCUAUACGUGUGCGCUGUAUUGUUAUUGUGUUGGAUAGAUCGAUUUAAUGCAACUAUAUUAUAUUUUUAUGCAUUUUUAUUUUAUU